AUGCGCAAAGAUCACUUCGAGGUGUAUAUCAAGAGUGAUGGCCACGAGUUGCCUGAAUACCAGGUGGAAGCCUUAGACGACACGACUCUGGCAUGCUACGUUCCGAGUGAGGUUGGAAAGACAUUCGAGAUUUGCUGGCGCCGCGACACGCGACACGACACGCACAGCACAUCCGUGAGCUGCUAUGUUGACGGGUGGGACGCUGGCGGUACACUCUGUCGCCCAGGUGCUGUCGAGGGUAGUCGCUGGGGCAUUAGGUGCGCCAAAGACCAACGGAAGCCAUUCCAAUUCGCCUCGUUGGUCUUAACAGACGACGAUACCGUUGCUACCGGCUCAGAGGCACAGCAGGACUCGGGCACGAUCCAAGUCAAGCUCAGCUAUGCAAUCCGUAUCGCUAGCGAACCACACUUCGUGACCAAAUUAGACCAGUUCAAGGUUGGGGUCCAGGUGGUGCACGAAAAGAGCAAGCAAAUGGGUGUGCAGUGCAUCUCUCUAGGAGAUAGCCGCAAGUGUAAGGCCACGGAUAAAGUGUAUGCAGAAUCCGUCAAUCCUCAGCAACCUUCGUAUUCAAGCUUCAUCUUCCGCUACCGCUCCAAGGAUUUCCUCCAAGCCGAGAACAUAAUGCCUAUGAAUGCCAUAGCCACCAACGAUGCCCACAAACACACGUCCACGGGUCGCAAACGUCGAACUGGCCAGGAGCCACCGAACCUGCCUCGCAAGAGGGUGAGGACUACUACGGAAUCAGCAGCUUCUCCGGAACCCAGGUCACCCAACACUCAGUCCGCUGCGGAUGAAGACAUCAACGCACUUCAGAGGAAGCUCGACGCAGCACAGGGACGCGUCCGGGUAUACCAAGGCAAGAUCCAAGCUAUCACAGGACCCAGGCCAUCUUCGAGGGUCAAGCCGGAGCGACGAGAGGAGAAUCAGGACGUCGAUGACUUGACUCGUGGCAACAUCAAGAGGACACGCUCCCCUAUAGAUAUUAUCGUCACUGAUGACGAAGUUAUUGACUUGACCCUAGAUGACGAUUGAAGUUAUCCUGUCGCAUCGCUUUGAUCCUGUUUCAUACUGUACUGG